CUCUAUAUAAAGAGACCAACUCACUUCCCAAUCCAUCAAACCAUACUUAUAAAACCUCAACAGAACAUAUAACAAACACAACUUAUUAAAGCCCUUUUAAAGAAACAAGCGAAACAAAAAUGGUAGCCUUGACUGCAGAGAAGCAAGAUCAGAACCUACUGUCUAGAAUGGCCGCCGGUGACGGUCACGGCGAGAACUCAGCUUAUUUUGACGGCUGGAAAGCUUAUGAAGAAAACCCGUUUCACCCAGUUGAUAGACCCGAUGGAGUUAUUCAGAUGGGUCUUGCUGAAAAUCAGCUUUGUGGAGAUUUGAUGCGUAAAUGGGUUUUAGAACAUCCAGAAGCUUCGAUUUGUACAGCAGAAGGUGUGAAUCUUUUCAGCGACAUUGCAAUUUUCCAGGAUUAUCAUGGCUUGCCUGAAUUCAGACAAGCGGUAGCGAAGUUUAUGGAGAAGACAAGAAACAAUAAAGUGAAGUUUGAUCCUGACAGGAUCGUCAUGAGCGGCGGCGCAACCGGAGCGCACGAGACGGUGGCUUUCUGUUUAGCCAAUCCCGGCGACGGUUUCUUGGUUCCGACUCCUUAUUAUCCGGGGUAUGUUCUGGUUCAUGAGAUCAUAUUAGAUUUUGGUUUAAUAUGGUUUUGGUUUGAUCUAACUUGGUUUUGGUUUGGUUUCAGGUUUGAUAGAGAUUUGAGAUGGAGAACCGGGGUGAAUCUUGUACCGGUUACUUGUCAUAGCUCCAACGGCUUUAAGAUCACGGUGGAAGCCUUGGAAGCUGCGUACGAAAACGCACGUGGAUUGAACAUUCCGGUUAAGGGUUUACUCAUAACCAAUCCGUCGAACCCGCUUGGUACGACAUUAGACCGAGAUUGCUUGAAAUCUUUGGUUAACUUCACCAAUGCCAAAGGGAUCCACCUUAUCGCUGAUGAGAUCUAUGCAGCCACUACUUUUGGUGAAGCCGAGUUUAUAAGUGUUGCCGAAGUCAUCGCGGAGGUCCCUGAUUGCAACCGCGAUUUGAUCCAUAUUGUGUAUAGUCUAUCAAAAGAUAUGGGGUUGCCCGGUUUAAGAGUUGGUAUAGUCUACUCUUACAAUGACCGGGUGGUUCAAAUUGCCAGAAAAAUGUCUAGUUUCGGUCUGGUUUCGUCUCAAACGCAGCAUCUGAUCGCCAAAAUGUUAUCCGACGACGACUUUGUAGACGAAUUUAUCCGUGAGAGCAAAUUACGGUUAGCUGAAAGACAUGCAGAGUUAACCACCGGUUUAGAGGGUUUAGGCAUUAAUUGGUUAAAGGCCGGAGCCGGUUUGUUCGUAUGGAUGGAUUUAAGAAAUCUCUUGAAGACAGCUACAUUCGAUUCAGAGACCGAGCUGUGGCGUGUGAUCGUCCACAAGGUGAAGCUGAACGUUUCUCCAGGCGGUUCGUGCCAUUGUCAUGAACCGGGAUGGUUUAGAGUAUGUUUUGCGAACAUGGACCACAAGACCAUGGAGACGGCUCUAGAGAGGAUCAGAGUGUUUACUAGUCAGCUUGAGGAGGAGAGUUUGAAACAGACUAAACCGAUGGCUGCACCAACUACGAUGGCUAAGAAGAAGAAGUGUUGGCAGAGUAGCCUCCGGUUAAGCUUUAAGGACACGAGAAGGUUCGAGGAGGGCUUCUUCUCUCCACAUUCACCGGUGCCACAUUCUCCGCUUGUACGUGCACAAAUAUAAAGACCGUUUCAAUUUUUGACUAGACCGUUGUCUUAAAUUGAAAGAUCAACUAUUUAACAUUGAUUGUGACAUUUUGUCUGAUUAAAUGUAUAGCUACAACUGUCAAGUUGAAUUUAUUUAUAGUGUACCUCUUGUAAGUUUAACCAGUUGAAUAAUAUAUAUGAAAAAUCAUAGUUUCUUUAAUAGUUUUAAAUUGAAAGAUCAACAAUUUAACAUUGAUUGUGAUAUUUUGUCUGAUUAAAUUUACUAGGUCCUUUCCUGGGAUACGCCCUAGUUAAUUAUU